AUGACGGUUGGUGGAUCUGGUUCACUGGAUAAGACACCUGACACUCCUCGUGACUCAAUAGCACAACUAUCAAAGGACAAUGGAAAGGAUCUGCGUUUCGAAGAUAUUAAGUACCAUGUGUACAAAGGACGUGGUAUAGAGAAUAAAUUCAUUCUCAAGGAUAUAUCCGGAGUUUUCAAAUGUGGUCAACUGAGCGCGAUUAUGGGACCCAGUGGAGCGGGGAAGAGUUCGCUUAUGAACAUACUUGCAGGUUAUCGAACAAAAAAUGUUUCUGGAAAUAUUUUUGUGAAUAAAGAGGAAAGGAACCCACAGGAGUUCCGCAAGAUUACAUGUUACAUCAUGCAGGAGGACUUACUACUACCACAUCUGUCAGUGGAAGAGACAAUGAUGUGCAGUGCCAGUUUAAAGCUUAGUGAAAACACGGAUACAGCAACAAAGAAGAAAAUCGUCAGUGACAUCCUCAACGUACUUGGUCUGGGAGAUGCGGCCGAUACCCGGAUAUCCCAGUUGUCUGGCGGACAAAAGAAACGACUGGCCAUUGCACAGGAGUUGGUCAAUAAUCCACCAGUGAUGUUCUUUGAUGAGCCAACAAGUGGUCUUGACAGUGCUUCGUGUUAUCAGUGCAUUUCACUUCUGCGGACUUUGGCGCAGGCUGGACGCACAAUCAUUUGUACAAUCCACCAACCAAGUGCCAAAAUCUUCGAAAUGUUUGAUUAUCUCUAUUUCCUCGCUGAAGGACACUGUAUCUAUCGCGGCCCUGUCAACUGCCUCGUGCCCUAUUUAGCCUCACAAGAUCUGGUGUGUCCACCAUACCACAAUCCGGCAGACUACUUUAUGGAGGUUGCUUGUGGUGAACACGGCGACAACGUCCUCCGACUCGCCUGUGCUGUUCGUCGCGGAGUAUUGGAUAAGACCAUUCUAAAUCUGACCAAGCAGCGAGAUGACCCUUGUCCAUGCCUCAGUCAGUCAGGAAACCUGCUACUCAACGGAACACAAGAUAUGAGCAUGAUGCAAGCCAGAAGUUACCCUCCAACCUAUUCAAUCAUGGGGGAAACUGAGGUAUCCUCUGCAUACGGGGACGGUGAGAAUGAAAUGAACGCAGAAACGGCUUCUUUCCUGUUACCCGUGGAUUCUAAAAAACAGGACACCAAAUCAGCAUCGUUGCUGGAACUUCGAAGCAAUGGUCCAUUAUGUCAUUUAUCUGAGAAGACGUCUUCCGUGCGGUCAGGUCGGAAUAACCGUAAUGGUCAAACAUUCGAAACCAGUGUCCUCACCCAAUUCCGAGUUUUGUUCGUCCGAAGUUUUCUGACGAUUAUUCGAGACACGACGCUUACACACCUGCGGCUGGUAUCCCACGUGGUGGUCGGCGUGCUCAUCGGACUGCUGUAUUUUCGAAUAGGAAAACUGGGAACGGAAGUGAUCAGCAAUGCAGCGUUUAUUUUCUUCAGUCUCCUGUUCAUCAUGUUUGCUGCCCUGAUGCCUACUGUGAUGACCUUCCCCGUGGAAAUGCCCAUAUUUGUGAGAGAACAUAUGAACUAUUGGUACAGCCUGAAGGCCUAUUACCUGGCUAAGUCUCUCGCAGAUCUUCCUUUUCAAAAGAUAUUCUUCCCAAUCAUAUACAGCAGCAUUGUCUACUGGAUGACCGGUCAGCCAGCAGAAUUUCUGCGAUUCAUGCUCUACCUACUGAUUUCUGUCCAAACCUCCCUGGUGGGACAGUCCCUCGGUCUGCUCAUCGGAGCCGCGACUUCUCUACAAGUUGCCGUUUUCCUCGGUCCGGUUGCCGGAAUUCCAAUUCUGCUAUUUUCCGGGUUCUUCCUCAGUCUAGAUCUCAUUCCAAAAUAUCUUCAGUGGCUUUCCUAUAUUUCCUUCACGCGCUACUCCUUCUCGGGAGCACUCAAGGUGAUCUAUGGAUUAAACCGGACCUCUCUGGAUUGCACACACCGCCGAAAGUCCAAAGUCUCCUUUCCUUGUGUACACAAUCCGGCGCUUGUGAUUGAUGCGCUAAAUGUGGGCCAAUAUCAACUCUAUUUAGAUUUCCUCAUCCUGAUCAUCUUCUUUUUUGGUUUACGACUACUCUGCUACUUUAUCCUACGUUGGAGAAUCAAAGGACAACGGUAAAGUGGGGGCGGAAUUUUCGAACGCACCUCUCCGUUAGACUAGGAGGGUACAUCCUUCCUGUGUGUGACCACAGCAUACAAAUACACAAAUAGCCCGUAUGCAUGCAAAAUGUUUUCAGAUUCUUCCGAUUUUGUAACAGCACCAUAAACUGUAAAAGUGCAUGUUUGCUUCCUGAUUUUCCCCUAUUUCCUCCAGUUUUUCUGUUUCUUUUUUCCAAAUUAAACAUUUUUCCUUGGCAGCCAAGUUUGGUCGUGAUAUUUUAACCCUUUGCCAUUAGGCCCUUAUACCGUCCAUCCCAAGAGAGAAACAAUAGAUAAUUACUACCUUGGGCACAAGCAACGUGAUCAUGUUCACUAAACUAUACUCAACAAAGCAAUACUACAUUCUUCCUGUUUGAAAUGCCCCGGGUAUUUCCUGUGUUGAAACCAAUGACUACAGAAUCACAAACGUAUUAUAUUCGUGUCAAACUCAUCCACCAUACAAUUAUGGACAUCAUAUGAUAUGCGAACGUUCUUCCUCUUGUGCACAUGACGUUUCUUCAGGCAAUUGUUUUGGACUUUACCGAAACUCACCAGUUCCAUUUUUAACCAGAUCGUUAUGUUUUCUUGUGAUUUCCUUUUGUUAUUAUCCAUACAUGUAGAUGUAUGCGUCGGUUAGCAUGAGGAUACACGCCAUUCCACCGAUACAGUUUGCUGAAAAACAAAAAGUGAUACUUCUG